CUAACUAGCUCACCUUACCAGUAAGUAUGUAGUUCAGACCUGACAUCGGUGCGGUUUUUUAGUGUUAUACUUGUUCCUGGUACGUCUAUAUGUAAACAUUACGUAUCGCCUCACCCUGUAACACUCCGCGGCGCUGUUGAAAAUGACGUCCAUUGCUGGUCUGUGUUCUCUUCUUAGUUUAAUAUCCAUACAAGGUUUCAGAGCAGUAAAAGGCACUCGCUGUUAUGAUGCUGCAGUUCAACAAGACGUUCAAUAUGCUCGUGUGUGCUCAGAUGAUCGAGUGACGUCAAAUCAAAUUGUACUUGACACAUUCGACUCCGAAACCACAGGGAAAACAACAUGUCUAUGUCAAGUUUACAAGGAAGGUGCCGCAAACAACUUUCAGUUUCUAAAUAUUCAGGGUUUUGGAAAUGGUUCUACCCCGAACGUAUCCGAGUGUGGUUCUACUGUGCGCUUACGCUCGAAUAAUAACGAGCAUAUAAUCAACUGUUCCACAUUUCCAAGUAUCCUCACGUACGUUGCGCCAAUGGAUGUUAUAUGGACAGCACUAUAUGCAGGGGACUCCAAGUACUGCCUAGAAAUAACAACAACCGUUCCCUCUGACGCCAUCAUCACCGUAUCAUGUAGUACAGACGGAAUCACCACAACCGCCAGUCCCCCUCAGUGUGUAACGCAUCCUGAAAGUACCAGAGAACUUGACGAUCUCAUAUCUACAACACCAACUGAUGUACAAGGCCAAUGUGUUUCAGUUGAAAGUGUCGUUUUGACCAUAGUGUUUGGAUAUCUACUGGCAGCUCUUGUGACUGUAACCACUGUGAUGUACUUCAGAAGGAAAACUAUACGGCUGGAAAAUAAAAUGAAGAAAAAUGUUGAUGAAUGUCGUGAUACAGUGUCGACCGUGCUCACUGACAUUACAAGUAUAGCCCCGAGGGCGGCCGCACCUACCCCAGUGUCAGAACCACUGACCACAACAAUUCCUUUAUAUGAUGAACCUGACUCCAGCAGAUAUGAUGGCCAUGACUCUAAGAGAUAUGAUGACCUCGUCUCUAAGAGAUAUGAUGACCUUGUCUCUAAGAGAUAUGAUGACCUCGUCUCUAAGAGAUAUGAUGAUCCUGACUCCAGAAGAUAUGAUUACCCUGACCCCACGAGAUUUAAUGUGCCUGACUCCGAGCUACAUGCCGACGUUGACCCCACGAGAUUUGAUAAGCCUGACUCCGAGAGACGUGAUAAUGCUGAGUCCACAAUACAUGAGGACAUUGACCCCAUUAAAAUCGAUGACCCUGACUAUUUACAUGUACUCUAAAUGACGAGAACACAUCAGAGGUGGUGUUAAUUAACAUUGGCUAUUGUAAACAAAAGGUUAUAUUUUUUAAAUAGUUAUAAUUUUAUAUUGAUUGAAGCAGACUAACUAUUAUCGUAGUAUAAUAGCAGGAAUGUUCCCCAGUACUUACAUCGUAUGUAACGUCUAAUAUAAACACCCUGUUGUCUAUAAACAAAUCUUAACACAAAGAAAUCAAACAAGUGCUUUCCGAUCACAAAAUGCCGAGCAGAAAUAGUUCCUGAUACUUUGACGAUUUCACGGAUAUAGAAAGUAGAGCAAACAACACUGAACGGCAGCUCAAUCAUGUGGUAGACUUUGUAGGCAAUCAUUAAAUGUGUAUGAUGAAGUACAAUGUACGGAUGUUGUCUAUAGAUAAUGGUAGGGAUAUGGAGACAAUCAUUAUCGUUAUCGCUAAAAAGAAAUAAGAAAACGGCACAUAUCAGUCACAGAACACGGUAUUCUCAGCUGAUGCUUUGGUCAUCACAAAGGCGAUGUAAUCUCGUCUGUUCUUUGUUAAUAUUAUUAGUUAAAACAAAUGGAAAAUUAAGUACCUUUCAGGGCGAAUAAACGAUAAUAAGCACACAUUAAAGUUUGUGCUUUCGGGAUGAAGUAAACCAAAAGUGUUUAUUAGCGGCUCAAGUGGUCUUGGAAAAAAACCUCUUCGCUGUUCAUUAAAUUUGUUCCAAAAUCAACCCAAUUCUUCAUGAUUCCACAACAAAUCAUUUACGUUGACUAGGUCUGUGAUGGUGUACGCAUUGAGCUAACCGUUUAAAGGGAAAUAACUCAGCUGAGCUUCAAUAUCAUUUCGUGUGAUCAAAUCAUCUAUGUGAAUAUGUUUUGUUUCAGUUAUUAUUUAACAUUUAGAUAUCAAGUAUACGUUAUGAGAUAUCAUGCGUAAUAUACCAAUGUUAGGACUAUACGGAUAUUACUAGUUACUAUCAGUUGUGAGUACCAAUCCUUUAUUUCGUUUCAUUGUUUAAGUAUAUGAAUUGGAGUAACAUCCCCUUUCAAUUGAAUUAUGUCUCAUUGUUGGUAAUUUUAUUUUAGUUACAUGUAGCUACUAAUAUACAGGUUAUGUAUUUAUGUAUCAUUGCUUGUUUGUUUUUCGUUAUCGACCAUCAAAUAAAACUUUAAACAUGUCGUAAGUGAAAUUGUGGGAUUUCUGUUAGUCUUUUAGUUCCUUAUUUGAUCUGGAACAGUUCUGGAACAGAUCUGGAACAUCAAAUCGACCAUCAAAUAAAACUUUAA